CAGAAAACAGAGAAGAAAGUCUUGGUUUACGGGAACAAAUAAUUCACACGAGGACAUCUGACCUACAAAUGUAAAGAAGUAUCCAUGGAUCUCAGCGAGGAGGAGUCAGCGCCUCUGAUGAUCAGAGAUCGGGGAGGCAGCCAGAGGUCCAGUUCUAGCGCUGGUCACAGUUUACAAGUACAUCUCUACUUCUUCCCUGCCACAAAGGAUGCAACAACGAUAAACAUAUCUGGCCCAGUCUCUGCUGAAAACGUCUGCAUCCAAGCAGCCAAAAAAUGUGGAAUCUUACCUGUGUACCAAAGUCUUUUUGGUUUGGCAUCUGGGGAUCUCUCAUUUUGGUAUCCUCCGUCACACAUGUUCAACACAGAAGAAAACUUACAAGUCUACUUCAGAGUCAGGUUUUUCUUUGAAAACUGGUUCGGACAAGGAACAAGGACAUCUUACCGCUACAGUCUAACCAGAGACAGAAUCAGUCCAGUGCUUGACUACUGUGUCAUUGAUUAUCUCUUUUCUCAGUUACGAAGUGACUUCAUCGCAAGUGAAGCAGGGGUGUCCCCACCUUUGAGUGCCCAGGAGGAGUGCCUUGGCCUUGCAGUGCUAGACCUGUGGAGAAUGGCUAAAGAGCGCCAUCAGAGUGUAAGAGAGCUCUGCAAGACUGUCAGCUACAAAUCAUGCCUUCCUAAGUCACAUCGCCAUGACAUCCAGAAACGCAACCGGCUGGAUCGUUAUCGAAUUCGAAACACCCUCAAGCGUUUUUUAAAGAAGCAUGGGAACUGCUCGGUGGACGAGUACAGCUUGAAACUCAAGUACCUGAUUGAGCUGGCUGGCAUUGAGCCUUCUCUGGGAUGUGAAACCUUCCAAGUGAAUCCAUCUUCUUCCAAUUCAAUAUCAUCUUUUACUCUGGUGCGGGUCACUGGGGAAACUGGAAUUCAAACCAGUGGAAGUUGUCAUCCUGAUGGUGCACUGGAGUGGCAGACCUUCUGUGAUUUCCAAGAAAUCAUUGACAUCAGUAUAAUGAGGGGGUGCCAUGAGCAGGUUCCUCAAGACAGCAGGACAGUGACAAUAACUCGCAAAGAUGACAGAUGCAUGGAAGCCAAGUUCCAGAGUCUCAAAGAAGCAUUUUCAUUUGUGUCACUUGUUGAUGGUUACUUCAGACUGACCACAGACUCCAGUCACUACUUCUGUCAAGACAUUGCCCCGCCUAGUAUUCUGGAGGGCAUCAAAAACCACUGUCACGGCCCAAUCACAUCAGAGAUCGCAGUCAACAAACUGAAAAAGUCGGGAUUUAAAGGUGGCACCUUCCUUGUCCGGCAGAGUCCCAAGGACUACGACAACUUCUUCCUCACUGUUUGUGUUCAGACCUCCCUCGGACAUGACUAUAAAGAUUGUCUCAUUAUUAAGAAUGAGCACUACAGCCUCCCUGGUGUCCAGAAAUCGUUUUCCAGCUUGCGAGAGCUCACCAGCUACUAUCAACACAACAAGCUGCUGCUAGCUGAAGUACCUGUCAAGUUAGCCCGUUGCUGUCCACCCCGACCCAAAGAGCUCACAAAUCUCAUCAUCAUACGCAACAGCAGCUCUGUAGAAGCUCAAGGGUCGCCAACACCUGAAAGGAACAGAUUCAAUCAUAUCCAGUUCCACAUGAUCAAAUACGAAGACCUGAAAUGGGAUGAAAGCCUCGGACAGGGAUCCUUCACUCGAAUUUUCAGAGGCUAUAAAACAGACAUUCAUGAUGGGGAGAAACACAAGACUGAAGUUCUACUGAAAGAACUUGAUGUGGGUCACAAGAAUUGCUGGGAGUCAUUUUUUGAAGCUGCCAGUUCAAUGAGUCAGAUUGCACACAAACACCUCCUCCUUGUUUAUGGUGUUAGUGUUCAUGGAGCAAAAAACAUAAUGGUGCAAGAGUUUGUCAAGUACGGGGCCCUCGACCUUUACUUGAAGAGAGGGAGAUCUGUGUCAGUGAGCUGGAAACUUGACGUAGCCAAACAGCUUGCGUCUGCCCUCAACUUUCUGGAAGAAAAGAGCAUCAUACAUGGAAAUAUCUGUGCCAAAAAUUUGCUUCUGGCCAGAGAAGGUGACCCAUCACAGAGCAGCCCUCCUUUCAUCAAGCUGAGUGACCCUGGCAUCAGUGUUGCAAUGCUGGGCAAGGAUGUUAUCCUGGACAGAAUUCCCUGGGUGGCCCCUGAGGUGCUGGAGGCCCCAGAUAACCUGACCCUGGAGUCUGAUAAGUGGAGCUUUGGUGCCACUGUGUGGGAAAUCUUCAACAGUGGGAACGCUCCAUUGCGAGGUUGGGACCUGGACAAGAAAAAGCGGUUUUAUGAAAGCUUCCAGCAGCUGCCUCCCUCCCAGUGGACAGAGCUGGCUGAUUUGAUCAGUCAGUGUAUGGACUACCAGGCAUCCUUCAGACCUUCUUGUCGUAGUAUUAUCCGUCAACUCAACAGUCUGAUCACCUCAGACUAUGUGAUACUCGCCACUGAGCCCGUCACACAGAGCCCAAUGUGGAGAGCCCUCAAUCCCGCUCAGCAUGACCAGACAUUAUUUGAGGAGAGACACCUGCGUUACAUCUCCCCACUGGGAAAAGGAAACUUUGGCAGUGUUGAACUUUGUCGUUAUGACCCACUGGGUGAUAACACCGGCGAGCUGGUCGCUGUGAAGAAACUGCAGCCCAACAAGCAGUCAACUCUGGAGGAUUUCCAGAAGGAGGUCAACACCCUCAGUGUUUUGCACUGUGAUUACAUCGUCAAGUACAGAGGGGUGUGCUACAGCAUGGGUCGCCUCAGUAUGAGUCUGGUGAUGGAGUACCUACCCUAUGGCAGCCUUAUUGGCUACUUAGAGAAUAACCGACACAUCAACACCAGGCGCAUGCUACUUUUUGCUUCACAGAUCUGCAAGGGGAUGGCGUACCUACAGACCUUACGCUAUGUGCAUCGAGACCUUGCAGCAAGAAACAUUCUUGUGGCCAGUGAAUCACUGGUGAAAAUUGCUGAUUUUGGGCUCACCAAGAUUAUUCCUUUUGACAAGGAGUACUACCGAGUCACACAGCCUGGAGAGAGCCCAAUCUUCUGGUACGCUCCAGAGUCCAUAAAUGAGUCCAGAUUCUCCCAUAAAUCAGAUGUCUGGAGUUUUGGAAUCGUUCUUCACGAGCUCUUCUCCUACUGCGACAUGAACACCAACCCAAAAAGACUAUGCAUGCAGGAGAUUGGACACAAUGUGCAGGGUCCGACCAUUUCAGUGCAUCUAGCAAAUAUUCUAAAGAAUAACUGGAGGUUGCCUUCUCCUCCAAGCUGCCCACCCAAGGUGUACAGUUUGAUGAAGCAGUGCUGGGCGUACAACUUUGAGGAGCGGCCAUGUUUCUCUACACUGGGAAACCAAAUUGAAACUAUCAUGCAAGACGAGAGAGACAAUCUGAAAGGCUGACAAAGAGCCUGUUAGUACCUCACAGUGGAACUCAUGCUGUACAGUGAGAUACAAUUUCAUUCACUAUAACAAUGGAAAUUCAGUUUAUAUGGGUACCGAUAACAUAUCUAAGAAGCCACAUACUGACAGAUAAUAAACUACUCUAUGAAAAGAUAAAAGCCACAAUUGGAGUGCUUUGGCAGCUGAGUGGUAACCGUGCAUGCCACAUAAGUGCAACGUCCCUAACCGUAACCCUAACCCUUUGCUUCAGGUCAGUCUCCUCUCUCUGUUCCUAUUUCCUGUUAGCCUCUGUGCCAGCUACUCUCUAAUAAUGGCAAAAAAAAUCCCCAAAAAUACAUUUUAAAUCCUUUUCCCACUUCUACUAUACUUAAGGUCUGCGUGGCCACAAGAGAGGAAAGCAAAUGGUACCAGAAACAGAUGAAAAACAGUGUACGAAUAUGUACUUAGCCCAGUAAAGGGUGUGACACAUAUGAAAAUAAAGAAUUUAUUGUUCACAGCAAUGGGGCAAUAAAAACUGCCUACUGUGUAAGAUCUUGAUGCAGUACUUAUCACACAUGCUGAGUUGGAAAACUGCAUUAAUGCUCAAGGCUAACAUUUCUACUUUACAUAUGGUAAAUUUAAAAAAAAAACAUUUAACUAUUACUCCUUUCUCUUGAGGAAUGUGACCAAAUAAAAUGUGUAUUUACUUCUUUUAUCAUGUUUGAAAUAAAGAAAUAUCUUUUUGUCCAGUUAGCUGGUUGAAAAUGCAGAUGUUUUUAUGAAGACUUCUGAAGACAGUUUGCAGGUUCAAUACUCAUGUUCUAAGAAUAGAAAAUGAGUUAAUUUCAAAAUUUAUGAUCAAACAAUUAUUUUAUGUUAACCACAUUUAGACUAGUAGUUUGAAAGCA